UUCUACUACAUUUUUCAAUGGUUUUCUUUAAUUGCUCCAUUUAUUGAGUGAAAUUUCGACAGCUUCAAUCUGUGCAACUGCUCGUAUCCGGAAGUGUUACAGCAUAUGCAACGCGCCCGCAUCCAAUUGGGUACCAGAGAUUACGUCAUUUGUGUCAGAAUGCAGAUUUAUUGAACAUCUGUGCCACUCUGAAUUUGUAGGCGGACGUUUACGUUUGUUUGUAGGCGCCCCCACAAGGACGUUGCUCGCGUACAGUAAAUUAAGGGCACGUAGUGACGUCGGCACCGAAAAUAGUCGCAGUCGCAAUGAUUCACGUUGGCGAAAACUCAUGGAACCUGCGCAUCUUCAUCACCGACCUGUCGUUGGAGAAGACGCUGCGGGUACGAGGGGAUCAGCACAUUGGUGGCGUAAUGCUUCAGCUUGUGGACCCGGAGAAUCCCAAGGAUUGGUCUGACCAUGCGUUGUGGUGGCCGGCGAAGAAUGUCUGGCUGGCACGCACUCGUGCCACGCUUGAUCAAUGCGGCGUCCAGGCCGACUGCCUCUUGCACUUCACACCCAUGCAUAAGACGCUGCGAGUGCAGUUGCCGGAUUUACGAUACCUUGACUGCCGUGUUGAUUACUCGAUCAAAACGUUUUCAGCGGUUGUUAAUCUCUGCAAGCAUCUGGACAUUCGCUAUCCGGAGGAGCUAUCGUUGUGUAAGCCACUAGAAGCGGAACAUCUGAAGAAGAACUUUUCGCAGUUGCCGCAAAAGAAGCGGGUUCCCAUUGCCGAGCCGGAUGGUACGUCGUUCUUGCAGCCAGCACUGGAUACAAAUUCGUUUGUGCCGAUUCACUCGGCAUAUAAUGGCGGCAGCGAUGGUAGCUUGGACAAGCCUUCGCCGCAUGGCAAUCUAUUUUGUGCGCCCAUCUCGCCGCAUAAUGCGCCAUCAAGGCGCACUCCAGCACCGAAUACGCCUAUUGGAUCGCCCACACCCAGCACCUGGAAGCACAGCAACAAUGGUUUUGGCACUUUCGAGUCUUCAUCAAGCUUAGGUGAUUUUCAAGAAAAUUUGUCCACCUCCCCGCAGUCGCCUAGUGCGGAUGUGCGCUCGCGUUUGCUGCGUCCCAAAUCGCUGGUGGAGAAGGCGCGCCUAAAUGUCGGCUGGCUGGACUCAUCGCUGUCCAUUAUGGAGCAGGGCAUUCGGGAAUACGAUACGUUGUGCCUGCGUUUCAAAUAUUUCACGUUCUUCGACCUAAAUCCCAAAUAUGAUCAGGUGCGGAUCAAUCAGCUAUACGAGCAGGCGAAGUGGGCCAUAUUGAAUGAGGAGCUGGACUGCACCGAGGAAGAAACGCUAAUGUUUGCCGCCCUACAGUUUCAGGUCAACCAUCAGGUAGAAACACAGCCAUCAAGUAAUACCAAUCUCCACACUGGUAUUGAGACAUCGAGUCAGGAGAACGAUGAUGACGAAAUUGCGUCAGCACUCAAUGAGCUGCAGAUCACAAUGGAAGGGCCGAAUGGGGACGCUGGAAAUAUUACGCACAUACCUGAACUCUCGGACUACUUGCGUUUCCUUAAGUCGCAGCGCUUCACGCUGAAAGGCUACAAACGCUACUUCUUCACCUAUCGGGACCUGCACCUGCAUCUGUAUAAGACACAAGAGGAUUCAAGACGUACUGCGCCAACCAUAAGCAUCAACUUGCGUGGCUGCGAGGUUACUCCCGAUAUUAACUUCACGCAGGGCAAGUUUGGCAUCCGCCUCGAAGUUGCGCCAGAAGGUCGCAAUGGUCCAAAUACCGAGGUCUGGGUACGAUGUGAGAAUGAGGCACAGUAUGCUAAGUGGAUGGCCGCCUGCCGAUUGGCAUCCAAGGGUCGUUCUCUGGCUGAUAGUUCGUAUGAAAAUGAGGUGGAGAGCAUUCGUUCGCUGAUGCAAAUGCAGAGACCCGUCCAUGGCAUUCAUGUCAACAUCGAUCCGCGUUCUGUGGACGCUAAUGACUACUUGUCCCCGAAAAUGCUGCGCAAGUUAUCCGGCAAGGCAGUGACACGUAUUCUGGAGACCCACUCCAAUGUGCGUGAUCUGUCAUUACUUGAGGCGAAGCUCAAGUACAUUCAGGCUUGGCAAUCUCUGCCCGAUUUUGGCGUCACACUCUUUGUCAUUAAAUUUGAUGGACAUAAAAAAGAGGAGCUUCUGGGAGUAGCCCACAAUCGCAUUAUGCGCAUGGACCUGGGCACUGGCGACCACAUCAAGACUUGGCGCUAUAACACCAUGAAGGCUUGGAACGUUAAUUGGGGAAUUAAGUGCAUGAUGAUCCAGUUUCAUAAUGAAAAUGUCGUUUUUUCUUGCCUCUCGGCCGAUUGCAAGGUUGUCCAUGAGUUUAUUGGCGGCUAUAUAUUCAUGUCGAUGCGUUCAAAGGAUACCAAUCAGACAUUGAACGAGGAGCUGUUUCACAAGCUGACGGGUGGUUGGUCUUAAAAAAUCCGCCCACAUCGUUGUUUCUUUCUAAUUUAUAGUAAUAUUUUAUUAUUGUUGUUGACAGUGGCCUUUCUUAGUGCCCUUUUUAAUGUGUAACCAAUUGAUAGACUCACAAUUUUAAUGAAGUUUUUAAUGUUU